CCCUCUCUGACUGUGCUUACUUUUCGCUUUACUAGUAAAGCCUAAAACAUGUCUGAGACCGCUCCGGCUGCGCCUGCUGCUCCUGCACCUGUGGAGAAGACACCUGUGAAGAAGAAGGCGAAGAAAACCGGCGCCGCUGCUGGGAAGCGCAAGGCGUCCGGACCCCCGGUGUCCGAGCUGAUCACCAAGGCUGUGGCCGCCUCCAAGGAACGCAACGGCGUGUCCCUGGCUGCGCUCAAGAAGGCGCUGGCGGCCGUGGGAUACGAUGUGGAGAAGAACAACAGCCGCAUCAAGCUCGGUCUGAAGAGCCUGGUGAGCAAGGGUAUCCUGGUGCAGACCAAGGGCACCGGCGCCUCCGGCUCCUUCAAACUCAACAAGAAAGCGGCUUCCGGCGAGGCCAAACCCAAGACCAAGAAGGCAGGCGCGGCCAAGGCUAAGAAGCCUGCGAGCGCAGCCAAGAAGCCCAAGAAGGCGACCGGUGCCGCCACACCCAAAAAAGCGGCCAAGAAGACCCCGAAGAAGGCGAAGAAGCCCGCUGCGGCUGCCGGUGCCAAGAAAGUUUCCAAGAGCCCGAAGAAGGUGAAGUCUGCUAAGCCCAAGAAGGCAGCCAAGAGUCCAGCCAAGGCCAAGGCUCCCAAAGCUAAGGCUGCCAAGCCUAAGGCGUCUAAGCCCAAGGCCACCAAGGCAAAGAAGGCUGCCCCUCGCAAGAAGUAGAGUGGCGCGUCCUGCUUUGAAAAUCUCAAACGGCUCUUUUCAGAGCCACCCACAGAUAUCAUUCAAAAGAGCUGGGCUGAGCUGAGCUUUUUCUGGUUUCCUUACGCUGUGUCAGCUGAUGCCGGCUAUGGUCUGGAGCAUAGUUAAUUUUUUUUUUUUUUUCUGUGGGUGGCGUGGGUAAAUGAUUCUGGAGCUUCUGUAAGUCGUAAAUUAGUAGGUUGCGUAGUUUUAAGGUUUUUUUUUUUUUCCAGCUACUGGCUGACGCUUCUCUGCUCUCUCUACGUAGGUAUUAUGUGCUGAGCUUAUUGGCAAGUCCUCGUUUCUGGCACCUAGGCGUGGUGCACAGGGGUCUCUAGCAAGCCAACCCGACAAUAGUGGCUACAGAUUGAAGCCUGAGUUUUUUUUAACUUUUCCAAUCGGUCUACAGACCGUGGUUUUGAGAAUUAGCCAAUCAAGCCGUCCUUUCACUCACGGGUGCGAAACGUAGCACCAAUCAGAGACUGUGAUAUUAACUGGAACGCUGGCAUUUUUGUGUCCCCGCCCCUUUGCUCACUUCAGAGCUCUGGAAUUAUGUCCUUUAGUCAGCCUGUCUUUAAUUUUGUAAUUUUUGUGUUUGUCGAGAAAUUACAAGAGCUCCGAUUUCCCAAAUAGCCACCCUCGUUUAGGGGUGAUACCAUUGUCACUAAGUGUGGAAGCUUUUCUAAAAUCCUGGUGCUUAAGUUUUAGUAAAGAAAUCGAACACCAUUGACAGUUCUGCACAUUUCUUCCUCAUACAUUUUUCUGAGCCUAUCUGUUCUCCCUUAUUUGGUCAGUAGACCAGUACUACUAGGGUGAGAACGUGAAAGAAAAACCAUUUUUGGAAGGUUUGCUUUGCAGCUUGACUUCCUAAAUUUGGGCAAACAACAAACAAACCAAGCCAAUCAAUCAAAAUACACUUCAGGAAGCUGAUCCAAACUUGGUGGAUGCAUUUCUAUUUCAUUAUUGAAAGUAUUAAAGUUUGUGAUAUAUAUAGAU